AUGGAGAUUACCAGUUUCUACCGAUGGUUUUUAGUUUUGCUUCUUUAUUGUGAUUGCCAAGGCUGCUUAGAAGUUGAAAGAGCUACUCUUCUACAAAUCAAAGAUUCCAUGACCAGUCUCCAGGAGCCUGCUUUCUCAAACUGGUACGAAGAAGAAUGUUGCGAGUGGGAGGGAAUCGAAUGCGGUCCUACUCGUACUCAUAUCCAUAAUAUGCAUCUUCUUUCACUACUGGAGGGAUCUAAGCGAUGGCGAGUUUCAACCUUGCAUUCAGAGAACUGGAGUACCUUCAAAGGUUGGAUCCCCAUAACAAUUUGCAACAGAGAACUGAAUGCUGAAAAAUCUACUUGGCUGCUCCACUGUAUCACUUCAGAAUUAUGGCUUGGAGGCAAUAACUUGACUGGUCCUUUCCCCUGGAGAUUUCAAAACGUUAGCUCAAGGCUUACUGUUCUUGAUAUUUCUAACAAUUUCUUGCAUGGGACGUUACCCAGAGAUAUUGACUUCAAUCUUCCACAUCUGCGCCAUUUAGAUCUUUCCAAUGAUAGCUUCAAUGGCAGCCUCCCUCCAUUCUUAGGAGACCAACUUCAGAUGCUGGACUUAUCAGACAAUCAGUUCCAAGGAGAAAUUCCCCAUACCAUGGUAAGUAAUAUGAGUUCUCUACUAUAUCUGAGGCUAUCCGGGAACCAUUUGACAGGAGAUUUGUUUCCCAAAACUCAAGCUUUCCUGAAAUAA